GAGUGGGUAUUAACGGCCCGUGACUGAGCACAAACGCCACCCACCAUCAUUCUAUGCUCAUUGGGGCGUUCGCCAUGCUUUAAUCAGUCAAUCAAGGCAGAUGCCUCUGCUUCCAGAUGUGUGUGUGUGGGGGGGGGGGGGGGUGAAGAGACCCUCUAGACACGCCCCCUGAGCUCCGUUAGCCAAUGGAGGAUGAGGAGGCGGGCCCGAGGAAACGGCAGCGCUGCGGUCCAAUGGGCUUCCGUCGGGGCCCCGCGGCUGGCUAAUGGGCGUGCCCCUCGGCGACGGUGGGAAGAGGCAGGGCAGCUGGGCCGUUGUUGGCUCGGGGCGGCCGAGGCGGCUGCGGCUGUGGCGGUGGCGUUCCCGCUGGGCUCGGAGUUUUCAGGAAGAGCUACGAUGGCCGAGUUUCCAGAUGACCAGGCUGCUAGGCUGUGUGAUAACUGCAAAAAGGAAAUUCCGGUGUUUAAUUUUACCAUCCAUGAAAUCCACUGUCAAAGGAACAUUGGUGUGUGCCCUGUCUGCAAGGAGCCAUUCCCCAAAUCUGACAUGGACACUCACAUGGCUGCAGAGCACUGUCAGGUGACCUGCAAAUGCAACAAGAAGUUGGAGAAGCGGCAGUUAAAGCAGCAUGCGGAGACCGAGUGUCCUCUGCGGCUUGCUGUCUGCCAGCACUGUGAUCUGGAGCUUUCUGUGCUCAAGUUGAAGGAGCAUGAAGAUUAUUGUGGAGCCCGGACAGAGCUGUGUGGCAGCUGUGGGCGCAACGUGCUUGUGAAGGAGCUGAAGACUCACCCUGAAGUCUGUGGGAGAGUGGAGGAGGAGAAGAGAACCGAGGUUCCCAUCCCUCCCGAUGCUUAUGACGAGUCUUGGAGUCAGGAUAGAAUCUGGAUUGCAUCCCAGCUCCUCAGACAAAUUGAGGCUCUGGACCCGCCCAUGAGGCUCCCUGGAAGGCCCCUGAGAGCCUUUGAGGCAGACCCUUUCUACAGUCGGACUGCCAGCCAGAGGAGCAUGACAGCCCAUUUUCCAAUUCAAAAUAAUCUUUUUGAAGAGCAAGAAAGGCAGGAAAGGAAUAGAAGCCGGCAGUCCCCAAAAGACAGUGCUGAGAAUAACGCGCACUUGGACUUCAUGUUGGCCCUGAGUCUGCAGAAUGAGGGACAGGCCUCCAGCAUGGUAGAGCAGGGCUUCUGGGAGUCCGUGUCUGAGGCUGACCCAGCUCGCGGUGGGCCCACAUCUCUAGGUGACAUGAAGGGUGCUGCUGCUGAGACUCUGCUGCCCUGUGAGUUCUGUGAGGAGCUGUACCCGGAGGAGCUGCUCAUUGACCAUCAGACGAGCUGCAACCCUUCACAUGCCUUGCAUUCACUCAGUACUGGCAGCUCUGCCAUCAGUGGGGUGGAAGAUCCUGGUACCAUCUUCCAGAACUUUCUACAACAAGCAACAAGUAACCAGUUAGACACUUUGAUGGGCCUGAGCAGUUCAGCUGCUGUGGAAGACAGCAUUAUCAUCCCCUGUGAGUUCUGUGGGGUGCAGCUGGAAGAGGAGGUACUGUUCCAUCAUCAGGACCAGUGUGACCAACGCCCAGCCACAGGAAACCGUCGUGCACUGGAGGGCAUCCCUACGCAGGAUUCUCAGCCUGAAGACACUGCACCAGAGCUGUCCAGGAGGCGGCUUAAACACCAGGGAGACCUGUCAUCUGGCUACAUGGAUGAUGUCAAGCAGGACUCAGUGAAAGGCUCCACCUACUCGAUGUCUCCCAACAGAACCAUGAACAGUGUGACUACCUGUAACCCACUGUUGAACUCAGCAUCAGGCCCCAGGCCUGACUGCCAGCGGAGCCCUCCUGGCGUGCUGAAGCUCAACAACUCAGACAGCCAGGACAUCCGUGGGCGGAUGCGGGGCAGCCAGAGUGGGCCCACCGCAUCUGGCCAUGUUCCAGUGAUCCACUCUAUUCGCAAUCUCUAUCCAGAAAACCUUGCGCCCUCUUUUUCUCAUGGCUCCCCUGGGAGAUACGGAGCCAGUGGGAGGAGUGACAGCAGCCGGAGCUCUCGGGCAGCUGCUAGCUACCACAGCAGAGCCGCAAAGGCAAAGCCUCCGAAGCAGCAGGGAGCAGGGGAUGCGGAGGAGGAAGAGGAGGAGUAAUGGUGACUGUGGGGGGCUCUUGCAGCCCACCCCUGUGCAUAGCAGUACAUGCUGGUGCAGUGUCCAACUGCCUCUCAGGCUCAUCGGGCAGGAGAGAUGCCAGAUUGUAAUUUUUCCUAGGUUAUGGCCAUUUUGUGUCUUUGAGAUUGUGCCGUGGGUAUUUGGGUUGGAGGGAGGGCUAGCUGGGAGGCCCGAGCUGCCAUUGUUGACCGGUAGUGCAAUCAGUGCAUCUGUGGCCCUCUUGGCCGGUAAGGGCUCCAUCCAGAUGUCAUCACCACUGCUGCAUGGUGCUUUGUGGUCCUGGUGGACAGAGAAGAGGGUUCUGGGGAUCUCAGAGAUACCAGAGAAGCAAUUCUCUCCUGGUGGGGGCCUAAGCUUGGGUUUGCAGCAUGGUAGGAACAAGUUGGACUAGAGGCCACCUUGGUGCUUGCAGGUCACUCACCCACCUCUCUCUGUUCCCGAUGGGGAAUGUACUGCUUCGUUCGUGCUGCCCCCCCCCAGGGCCAUACCUGCCCUCAUAAGAACUGAGGCUCCUGCCCCUUCCCUUUUUAUUUUACUGUUCUAAUUAUUUCCUUGUAAUUGAAAUAAAGUUUGUAUUUAGAGCUCA